UGUCCAAAACCCCAAAAACAAACAAAAAUCCAACGACCAAAAAAAAACUCCCAUAAUAAUUGGUUUCCUUUUCCCUUUCUCUCACCUUCAUCCUUCUCCUCUAACCUUCGCUAAGUUGGCUUGCUUCCAUUUCCAUCCUAACUCACAUCACUCACCUUUCACCACCAACAAACCAACUCAUUCUUCAUCUUCUUCCUCCAACUUCUCCUUCUUUCUCUCUCCUCCCACACUCCGUCAAACAAACAAAAAUGCCAGGCUUAGUCUCUGCUAAAAAUCCACCACCAACACUUUCUCUCUCCACCGCAGAAACCACCACUCCCACCAGCCAGAUCCGCCCUUCUACCGGGUCUCGCCUCAACUCCCCAUCUCCCGCACCCAGACGCACUCCCUCCCCUUCUCCCUCUACCUCCCGGGCUAAACCCUCCCCUGACCGGUCCUCCGGGAAGAAAAAACCCGACCCGCAAAAACUACCCCUCAACUUAGAUGAAUCCUCCCUCGACAACCCGGAUCUAGGUCCGUUUCUCCUCAAACUUGCUAGAGACACUAUUGCCUCUGGGGAUGGCCCGGUUAAGGCUCUGGAUUUUGCGGUUCGGGCUUCUAGAUCGUUCGAGAGAUGUGCGGUUGAAGGGGAACCGAAUUUGGAUUUGGCGAUGAGUCUUCAUGUUGUUGCUGCGAUUUAUUGCAGUUUAGGGAGGUUUGACGAGGCGAUUCCUGUGCUUGAAAGGGCAAUUGAAGUUCCAGAACUUUCUAGAGGAACUGAUCAUGCUUUGGCGGCGUUUUCUGGGUAUAUGCAGUUGGGUGAUACGCAUUCUAUGUUGGGUCAGAUUGAUAAGUCGAUUGAGUGUUAUAAAGAUGGGUUGAAGAUCCAGAUUCAGACUCUUGGGGAUUCCGAUCCUCGAGUCGCCGAAACUUGCAGGUACUUGGCUGAAGCUCAUGUUCAAACAAUGCAAUUUGAUGAAGCUGAAAAACUAUGUAAGCAAACCCUAGACAUCCACCGUGCUCAUAGUGCUCCAGCCUCUCUCGAAGAGGCGGCUGAUCGCCGUUUGAUGGCUCUCAUAUUAGAGGCAAAGGCGGACUACGAGUCAGCCCUCGAACACCUUGUUCUUGCCAGCAUGGCCAUGAUUGCCAAUGGACAAGAAAACGAGGUUGCUUCCAUUGAUGUUGGAAUUGGCAACAUAUACCAGUCUCUAUGCCGUUUUGAUGAAGCUGUUUUCUCCUAUCAGAAAGCCCUAACUGUCUUUAAAUCAUCAAAGGGUGAGAAUCAUCCUUCUGUUGCCUCCGUGUUUGUCCGUCUUGCUGACCUGUACUACAAGACGGGUAAACUUAGGGAGUCAAAGUCUUAUUGUGAGAACGCUUUAAGGAUAUACAACAAACCCGUUCCUGGAACCUCUCAAGAGGAGAUUUCGAGUGGAUUGAGUGACAUUGCAGCUGUUUAUGAGUCUGUUAAUGAACCCGAAGAGGCAUUAAGGCUUUUGGAAAGGGCAUUGAAAUUGUUGGAGGAUAAAGCUGGUCAACAGAACACAAUUGCAGGGUUAGAAGCACGUAUGGGUGUGAUGUAUUACUUGAUUGGUCGAUAUGGUGAAGCUUUGAGCUCUUUUGAAAGCGCAGUUGCCAAGCUUAGGGCUAGUGGAGAAAGGAAAUCUGCUUUCUUUGGUGUGUUAUUGAAUCAGAUGGGAUUGGCGUGUGUGCAGUUGUUUAAGAUUGAUCAGGCGGCCGAAUUGUUUGAAGAGGCUAGAGCAGUAUUGGAGCAAGAAUGUGGCCCUUGUCAUCAAGACACUCUUGGAGUAUAUAGCAACCUUGCAGCUACUUAUGAUGCUAUGGGAAGAGUAGAAGAUUCUAUUGAGAUCUUGGAGUAUGUAGUCAAGUUAAGGGAAGAGAAACUAGGUACAGCAAACGCCGACUUUGAUGAUGAAAAGAGCAGACUCGCCGAGCUAUUGAAAGAAGCCGGCAAAAGCAGAAAUAGAAAAACAAAAUCCCUCGAAAAUCUCAUCGAUCCAAAUUCUAAGAGAACAAAGAAAGAGACAACAACAAAGAGGUGGGGAGGGUUGGGUUUUAGGAUUUGAGGAAGAAGAAGAAGUUCUUCCCAGAUUGCAGCUGCCUCUGUUGUGUAACAUAGUGUAUAGUUUCAAUGAUGUAAGCUUUGUGUGGCCUUUACUUGUUAAAGGUCCCAAUUUGUUCUCUUUAUUUCAUUUAUUUAAAUUGAUUGCUGAAAGUGAUUUUUUUUUCUUCUUCCUUCGUCCGACCUGGAGCUCUCCUCAUGGGUGCCUGUAUGGAUGAGCUCUAAUACCAUUACCAUUUAUCUUCAGAUUAUUUGUAGUAGUAUUUGCCACUGAACUGUAACUCUGUAAGUUAUUGUACUCAGAAAAGAGUAUGCAUGCUAAUGAAAGUAAAGAACUGUGGUUGAUUCUUUUA